CGGCGAAGGGUGGAGGACGGUGCGGCGGGUCCCCUAUCCCUCUUCCCCGUCGACAACGUGGCGGCGUUUGGGCGCUGGUGGGUGGAGUCUAGGGCGGCAUCUCGGUGAUUUCAGCGGGGACCAAGGCACCGGUGGAGGCAGGCCUCAUGUCUCAGGUGUCAUCAUGUACUGCUCGCACUCGGCGGACAUCACCACCUGACAUGUCUGGAACUGUCGAUCCGGAGGCACCAAUUGAUGAAGUGUUGAAGUUGCCAUUGAUAAAGUGCCCUGAAUGUAAGGAUAGGAGGGUGUUUGCUGCCACUACCAUGAAAUCUGAGGUUAACCGUGGAAAAAGAUACUUCAAGUGUGCUAGGCAAAGCUAUGGGACAUGUUCUAGCUAUUGGUUUGAGGAAGAAUAUGUGCUCUAUCUAGAGGAUAAUGGAUAUAUACAAUCAGCUGCGAGGACGACAAAAGUUGCCAAGGACGUAGGCAAAAUUGAAAGCUUCACCCAAAGCCUGAACAAGCUGAAUGAAGUGGUAGUGAAGAACAAGGAUGGCAUGGCAAGCUGCAUUUGUCUAGUCUGUGGAUGUGUGAAUGUAACACUGUUUCUACUGUUGGCCAUUUUAUUGGUUGUAGCUGUAGUGUUCAAGUAGGCAAGGCUAAUGAAGGUGUUGGGCAUCUGUUUGGUGCUAGCUGUAGUGUUCAAGUAGGCAAGGCUGAUGAAGGUGUUGGGCAUCUGUUUGGUGCUAGCUGUAGUGUUCAAGUAGGCAAGGCUGAUGAAGCAGGGUGUUGGUGAAAAUGAUGUAAUGAACUUAUUAUGCUAGAUUUGUCUUUGUUAUGAACUAUGGGCCUUUGUCCCCUUGGACAUCU